UGGUCAGACGUCACGAACGUCAGUGGCGACGUGGAAAUGCAGAGCUAGUAGACUCAAUUCAGCGUCAACUUCCACUGAAAACACACUUUACUGGACGUUUACCAUCACUUAUCAGAACUCAUUUACUUUUAUUCGUCUGAGGAUACAUAGUUGCGUGUCCAGCAGACAGCGAGUGGCUUUUCUGAAGCGCUGUCAAAUCUGAUAAUCAUCAAGUUUCGUUUUCUUCGGCUGAUGAUGAGGCUCUGAGGAAGUCUCUGGUGGUUUUCGGAGGCGAUGGGUGCGAACACCAGUCAGCUGAGCGACCUGUCGGAGAGCCAGAGCAUCCGCGCUCUGAUUGGUCCAGACGCCAUCUCAGAGAACGAGCCCUUCUGGAACCAGCUGAUCUCAUUUACCUUCACCAGCCCCACCUGCAGUGCUGAUGCUAAACUCCUGGAGGAUGCUGUCGUCCCGCUGGCGAAGACUCUGAUUCAGAACAACCCCAGGUCUGGGAACUUCAGGGCGCUGGUGAGAGUUUUUCUCAGCAGAACCAAAGAACUGAAGAUCUCCACAGAAUGCCAAGAUCAGUUGUUCAUCUGGCAGGCCCAUAAUGCUUUGUUCCUGGUGCGCUGUUUGCUGAAGGUCUUCAUCAGAGAGAUGAGUGAAGAAGAGCUGCACUUACAGUUCUCCCACCAGGAGAGGGCGCCGGGAACCUACGACUCCAUCUGUGAGGAUCUUCUGGAGGAGCUGGUCUCUAAUUUGGUGCAUCUCAUCGUUGAAGUGCCGCUUCUCGACAUCACCUACAACAUCCUGUUUGAAGCUGUGACCACCCUCCUAGUGCUGCUGUCCUAUCAGCUCUUCCACAAAGAGGUUCUGAGGGAGGGGCUUAUUUACGGCUACCUGACCAGAGGACGAUGUCUGUCUCUGACGAGUCGUCUGGUGAAGACGCUGCUGUAUAACUUCAUCAGACAGGAGAAAUGUCCUCCAGCCGCUCAAGUGUUGCAGACGCAGACAGACGGAGGAGGUCUUCUGUACGGACUCGCAUCUGGAGUCGCCAGUGGAUUGUGGAGCGUGUUCACAUUGGGCGGAGUCGGCAGCAGGCCGGGGGCGGAGCUAGAUCAGAACACUCACCCGCUGUCCAAUCAGAGUCUGCUAUUGCUUCUGGUUCUGGCCAAUCUGACCGACGGAGCAGACUGUCCGAACCCCUACCGCCAGGCUGUUACCUGCUUCAAAAACACCCAAGAUUCCUCAUCCAUCCCGUCUCCUCAGCCUCACACGUUUCAGAUCAACUUUAACAGUCUGUACACCGCGCUGUACGAGCAGCAGAAAUCAGACCAGGUGACGUUACUGCUCUACACGCUUCUGCACCAGAACAGCAACAUGAGGACGUACAUACUGUCCCGCACGGACAUGGAGAACCUGGUGUUGCCGAUUCUUGAGAUCUUGUAUCAUGUCGAGGAGAGAAACUCUCAUCAUGUAUACAUGGCCCUCAUCAUCCUCCUCAUCCUCACAGAAGACGACACCUUCAACCGCUCGAUACAUGAAGUGAUGUUGAAGAACAUCUCGUGGUAUACGGAGCGUGUUCUGACGGAGAUCUCUCUGGGUUCUCUGUUGAUCCUGGUCGUGAUUCGGACCAUUCAGUUCAACAUGACGAGGACCAGGGAUAAAUACCUCCACACGAACUGCCUGGCUGCCCUAGCAAACAUGUCAGCCCAGUUUCGUAACCUACACCAGUACGCCGCCCAACGAAUUAUAAGUUUGUUUGCUCUGCUGUCAAAGAAGCACAAUAAAGUUCUGGAGCAGGCGACCCAGUCCUUGCAUGGCCCUCUGGGAGCAGACGACAGGAGCGUUCUGCCCGACUAUGCUCAGGAUCUGAACGUCAUCGAGGAGGUGAUCAGGAUGAUGCUGGAGAUCAUAAACUCCUGUCUGAGUAACUCGCUCCAUCACAACCCAAACCUGCUGUACGGGCUGCUCUACAAGCGGGAACUCUUCGAGCAGUUCAGAUCGCAUCCGUCCUUCCAGGACAUCAUGCAGAACCUGGACACGGUGAUCGGAUUCUUCAGCCAGCGACUGGAGCAGGCAGGAAGUGACCUGUCAGUGGAGAGAGUUCAAGAGGUCAUCAAGAAAGGUGCGGCGGCCCUCCCUAAAGAGCGUCUGAAGAAGUUUCCGGAGCUGAAGUUUAAAUACGUGGAGGAGGAGCAGCCGGAGGAUUUCUUCGUCCCGUACGUCUGGUCUCUGGUCUUUAACUCUGCGGUGGGUCUGUGCUGGAGCUCUCAGGGCAUCGAGCUGUUCAGCAUGGACUCACCCUGACGGACGCAGGACUCUUGUGAAGUGCCUACACACAGCUCGCUGAACCCCUGAGCUUCUCUCGUCGCCGGCCGCACUGAAUUCUGGGAUUGGUACGAUUUGGGAGAUUCAGGCACCGCUCUGAUGAAGCUAAAACACUGCGGUUGAUUGUGAUGAUCAUUUGUUUGUUUGCUUGUUUCUGUUUGUGGGUCAUGGGUCACGUGGGGGAAAUUUCUUGAGUGACGGUGAACAUUAAUCAUAGUUUGACUCCGUUAGGAAUGAUUGUUAAAGAAAUAAUUCACCCAGAAAUGGAAAUGUGAUGUCCUUUCGAGAUGUAGAUGAGUUUGAUUCUGCAUCAGGUUUGGAGAAAUGUAGCAUUGCGUCACUUGCUCACCAGUGGAUCCUUUGCAGUGGAUGGGUGCCGUCAGAAUAAGAGUCCAAACAUCACACUCCAGUCCAUCAAAUAAUGUCUUGAAAAGCCAAAAACAAUCUAAAUAAAUGUUUUUAUCAGCUGUUUAGACUCUCAUUCUGACGGCACCCAUUCACUGCAGAGCAUCCAUUGCUGAGACACUGAUGCAAUGCUCCACAUUCUCCAAAUCUGAUGAAGAAACGAACUCCUCUACAUCUUUGAAGACCUGAAGGUGAACACAUUUUCAUUUUGGGUGAUCUCUUCCUCUAACGAGCUGAUUAUUAUGCACAGCUUCAUCACAUAUCACUAUAUAUAGUAAGUUACAAAUAAAUAAUAUUUGACCUUUUUUGGCUUGUUUUAUAGAAUGCCUUGCUGUUUUAAAUUAAUUAAUUUAUUGUUAUUAUAUUUAGUUCGUCAGACCCAUACAGUGCUCUAAUAUAAUCUACAUCUGAGCAUCUGCACAAAGAAAAACCAAAACAUAAAUAUAUAUUUAUAUAUAUUCUUUCCUUACAUUUGAUGUUGAUUGGGAAAAUAUCUUGCGUUUAAGUGGUUUUUUUAAGCAUAAGAAGAAUAAUGAUACAUAUUUAGAUAUUUGUGUAAUAAAAUACGCGAUUUUCCCAUGUAAAUGGCGUUUAGUGUAUCAUUUAUGUAUAUUAUAGAUUGAGAUGAUUGCAUGUACAUUACUGUAUAGACAAAUACACACUGUUUCUGUUGCAUUGCUGUUCAUUCUCUCAGUUUUUAGGGACAGCGAUGGAAAAUCUUUCCUGUUGAUGACCUGCGUAAAUAAUUAAUAAAGCGUAUGGGAAAUAUUCCCCCGUUACUGAUGAGUUUAGGUCUUAUAAUGUGUCCCUGUUACACUUAAAGCAGAAACAGCCCAUUUUUACACUUUUGCUCAUUUCUUGCAGGUCUUUUUUUGGUAUUUUUGGAAUUUCAUAUUUAAUGUUAAGAAUGCAUAAUUAGACAUAGCAUCUUUUUAUUUUGUCCCUCUUUUUUUUUUGAUUCGUUCUUGCAUAUUUAUGUAAAAGGUAAUGAGGAAAGACUACAAAAUUGCACGAAAAUUUGCUUUGAUUGCAAGUCUGUGUUGGAAAUGAAUUGGUUUUCCCGUAUUCCUCUGGUUUGACUGACAGCUAAUGAAGUUUGUUUAGCAGUUUCGCUUGCGUUAUCUAUGACUGAUUCAGAGUCAGUCUUUCUUCCACCAAUAAAACGACAGCAGAACUCCUGCUGUAAUCCUGGG